AUGGUGUGGACUUUGCUUUUUGGUUUCCUUCAUUUUUCUGAUCUACAAAAUAUUCGAUCGUGUGGCACAAUCGUCCCAGCCAACGACAAAACUCCACUACGACUUCCUGUCAAUGACUUUUUGUAUCUCAAUGGUCAAUUACAUAUAACUGGUCGAGUGGAGACAGGUGUCAUCAGGGUUGGUAUGGAAGUGUCCUUCUCUCCCCUCAAGCUCAAUGGAGAAGUUAAAUCGAUAAAAUUGAUAAAUUGGGGCUCUUGGCCCGAGCCAAUGUCUUCCAGACAGGUUUCUGAAGCCUCUAUCGGUGACAUUGUUGGAUUCACCCUCAAAGAUACAGAGAUGAGAGUAUCAACGAAGCCUUCAGAAGGUUUCGUCUCCAUCAAGGAAAUUCAAAGCGGUAACAUUGUAUCUGACUCCAACUACCCUGCCAAGGAGGCGAAGACUUUUAGAGCUGAAAUUACGGUCUUCAACCACCCAUCUCGUAUCACUAGCGGCUACUCCCCAAGAUUACAAUGUAACAAUCAGAACAUAACAUGCAAGUUCACAAAACUCAUAGCGAAAAUAGACAAAAAGGUCAAAAAAUCGCUUGAGGACUCUCCUGAGAUGUUACGAAACGGUGAUACUGCUCUUGUCCAGAUUGUUCCAACUGAGCCAGUUUGUGUUGAGCCCUUUAAGGAUUAUCCAGGCUUAGGAAGAUUCGCCGUCAUAGAUAUGAAACAGACCGUCGCUGUCGGUGUCAUCACGGAGGUUGAAAGAUAUGAAGAAACCAACAAUGACUUCAAGCCAGAUAGAAUAAAAUAUGAAAAAUGA